GUGAAUCCACACAGGUCACAGGUUCAUCAGGCUCCUCUGGCAUCCGUGAUAGAUGCCUUAGUGAUGGGAACGCAGCAGCUACAAAUCAUGCAACUGCAGCAGCUUCAGGGUAAGGAUCAUGACGCUCCUGAGGUUGUAAAGCCAGGUGUAGCUGAUCUGCCUAAGUUGGCGCCUCCAGAUCCCUCCAUGGGCUCCCUGGCAUUCCAGGAUUGGCUUCAGCUUGUGACCGGUUUGAUGAGGGAUCUCUCGGAUACUUCGCAGGCAUGGUGGUCUGGUGUGGUCCAAGUCAGGCGGUAUGCGUACGAUCAAUGGGUUGUGGCUUCGCCUAUAGAUCGCCUUAGCGUUGAACCAGAUGACAGGUUGUAUACCAAUUACCAGCCAGGGGGAGCCGGUGAACGAAACCUUGUAGUGACCAACUUGCACAACCCCCAGGAGGUACAGGAUGCGGCGUCGGGUGUGUUAGCCCUGGGGCAGGUGGUACCAACGGUCCGUGAUUUCAGGAAACAUGGAGGUGUCGUGGAGGCGGUCAUGUCCUACCAUAAACAUUUGCUGGCCGAGUUUGAGACGUUAGCGGGUGCCACGCAUCCCAUGAGGCAGGCAAAAGAUGAGAAGGAGUGGGAGGAAGCAUUGGAGGUUCAGGUGGCCCUAGCGGGGGAUAACACCACAUCCAUGCGCUUGACAUCCUCCGGCACUUUGCUCCUGCCUUUCGGGGGGGAUGGCCUUUGUCAGCCAAUCGUCCCGAUGGGUGCCAUCAUUGAGCAGCUGGGCUUUAAGUUAGUCUGGUCGGCCGGUAGCUGUGAGCUGUAUCCGCCCGGGGGUAGCCCACUCAGGUUAGAGGUUGAAAAUGGUUGCGCGGAGGUUGAAUGCAACAUGGCAUUAGCAUUGAUUGCCCAACUUGAG